CUCAUCUCGUCCGUUCGCACUGCUCGCGUUCAACUGCAAGGAGUCUCAGUAUUUGAGCCUAUCAGUGGCAGCUGACUACAUGGCCUUCCAUAUUCGGAAUACAUCAAUACCUUGAUCGUUACGCGCGCGUCGAGUGGCACACCCGUACUUACACGAGACCAUUGUCUUUCCAGAGCAUGAACUAGCACCCUCACCAUCUCACAGAAUGCGCGUACGAACAUUAGAGAUUCGCUGGCACGACAGCAAGCCCAUAUCUACGUGCGACUUCCAGCCGGUCUCGUUCAAGAAGGCGCGCCCGGCGGACGACAAGCACUUCGUGACCCAAUACUACAGACUCGCUACCGGCGGCGAGGACAACCAUGUCAGAUUGUGGAUGGUGCACCCGAACAUACUGCCCGAGUCCGUGGUGGCAGCGUCUGGCUCAGAGGGCGCGACGCCACGGCCGCCCCGCGUCGAGUACCUUGCCACCCUAAGCAGGCAUUCUGCACCGGUGAAUGUUGUACGAUGGAGCCCGAAUGGGGAACUCAUUGCAUCAGCUGGGGACGACGGUAUGAUCAUCAUUUGGUCGCCAACGACAAGUCCGCAUGCCAAUGCAUUCGGAAGCGACCUCACACCCGAUGAACUGCAGUAUGAGAAGGAGCACUGGAAGCCACGGACAACUUUCCGAUGCACAACCAUGCAAGUAUACGAUCUCGCGUGGAGUCCCACGGGCGACUACAUCGUGGCCGGCAGCACAGACAAUUGUGCGCGGAUCUUCUCUACGAGCGAUGGUAAAUGCCUGCAAGAAAUCGCGGAACACAGCCACUACGUGCAAGGUGUUGCUUGGGAUCCAUUGAACGAGUUCUUCGCGACGCAGAGCAGCGACCGCUCUAUGCACAUCUACAGCGUCUCGACCAAAGACGAUGGCCUCGACAUCCACGCCGUCGGCAAGAACUCGCGUAUGCCGCAUCGUCACCGCCGUACACCGAGCUCACGCAGCCGCCCACCGACGUUCAGACGCGAAUCGACGACAGUGAGCGAGACAGAGUCCGUUAUCACCAGCGCCAGCGAGCAACUGCGGGAAGAGGCAGUCGCGUCCGGCUCGAAUAGCCAGCACCAUGGCGGGGCACUUCUGACGCCCACAGCGUCAGUGCCGAGUACGCCCGCAAGCAUGUUCCCGCCGCCACCGAUGGAUUACACGCCGUCGCGGAGGUCGUCGUUCAGCAGCACCAGUGCAGCGCAUUCACCGGCCACACACUCGCGCUACGGGCGCUCACCCUCGCCUAUGCCUGCACUUCCUGCUAUCCGACCUCAGGCGUCUGCCAGCUGGGCGUCGGUGAAACUCUACGGCGACGAGAGCUACACCAACUUCUUCCGACGGCUUGGGUUUAGCCCGGAUGGUGGGCUGCUGCUCACUCCUGCUGGGCAGUUCGAGGACCCAUCAGUUCAGCCGAGCUCGUCCAAGAGCGAGCAGCCGGCGCGAGGGCGCAAGGGCAAUCCGUCACCGGGAUCUAGCGACACCAAGGAGACGGCAACUUCGUCCGUGUACAUCUACUCUCGUGCCAACUUUGCUCGCCCGCCCAUUGCCCGUCUGCCCGGCUUCAAGAAGGCGAGCGUCGCAGUGCGCUUCUCGCCGCUUCUCUACGAGCUACGGCCCGGCGUGUCCUCAGGUGAGCAGAGCGAGCCUCCGACGGUGACUAUCGAAAAGGGUAAGGAGGUGCAAGUAACCAUCGAUGUCGCCCCAACACCCUCCUCGUCAACGUUCCUCUCUACACCUGCUCCUUCGUCACCAUUGAAGCAUUCACCGUCGAGCGGCUCGAUCGCCCAACCCGCGCCACGCAUUGCGAUCCCGACGGGCCCACCAAGUAUGAUGAUGCCGUCUCCCGCCCUCUCGGCGACGGACUCGUUGAGGCUACCGACACCCAUGACGUCGCGCGGAGGUACCCCAGCGAUCCCGCCCACGCCCACGCCAAUGGCCUCGAUGUUCUCCCUACCGUAUCGGAUGCUAUAUGCCGUCGCAACGAUGGACACUGUGGCGAUCUACGAUACCCAACAGUCCGGCCCUGUCUGCCUGCUAUCGAAGCUGCACUACGACGAGUUCACGGACAUGACAUGGUCAUCCGACGGUCAAUGCCUGAUGUUGUCGUCGCGCGACGGCUACUGUACUGUUGUCGUCUUCGACGAGAUCCUGCCGGUUCACCACACGCAGCAGCAGACCUUGCAGCUCCAGUCCAUCGCGCACCACCAUUCUCUCCCGCUCACAAACUCGACGGCAGCAACGCCCCUCUCGACGCCGUCGCGUGCAUCUGCGAAUCUGCCUGCGGCGUCCCCCGCGGUGGGCAGCAAACGCAAGGCAGAAGGCGAACCACCGCUGACACCCGCACCGAGCGUAGACGAGAGCGUGCUGGGGACGCGCGAGCCGAGCGAGACUCCUCGCGAGGAGGCGCAGGAGCCGCCCAAGAAAAAGCGGCGUGCCGCGCUCACUCGCAUCGGUGAUGUUGGUUCAUGAGCCAAACACCUUCGCUGAUCACCGCCUUGCCUGUUCCUGUUGCGUUAUAUGUCUGUCAUCUAUCCUGUGUCAUUCGUCCACUGUCCG